GAGCACGCAAGCGAAGAGAUUUUUCCUUCCCUCCCAUCCCAUCUCUCUCUCUGUCUCCCUUCCCCACAAACAAUCCUCUGCUCUCCUCCGACCUCCAUGGCUCCACGUAUAUAGGACGCCUCCUCCGCCCAUGCCUCCAUCUCUCUCUCUCGCUCGUUGCCGCCUCUCCUGCGCCAACCACGCUAUUCCUAACGACUAACUCGUGCGCCGCGAUACGGACCCGCGUCAGAAGGCUCAGCCGCCGCGCGCCUCGGAGCCCGGGGGAUCGGGGAGGAGAACACAGGGGUUUGGGCUCGGGAGCGCGGCACGCCAUGGACCCGCUGAGGUUUCUGGGCGGCGUCCGACCCGCCGCGCCGCCGCAGCCCCCGGUGGCGCCGCCGCCAGCGCAGCGGCAGCAGCAGCAGCAGACGCGCGCCGCCAUGCCGCGCCUGUGGCCGCGCGGUGAGAGGAGGGGCGCCGGCGCGAGCGGAGAGGCUCGCGGCGAUGAGGCGGGGACGAGGCCCGAGGCGGAGGAGCGGAGGCAGGGCAAUCAGCAGACGCGCACCGCCAUGCCGCGCCUGUGGCCGCGCGGCGAGAGGCCGGGCGCCGGCGCGGUUCGCGGCGAGGAGGCGGGUACGAGGCCCGACGUGGAGGACCGGAGGCAGGGCAACUGGGUGCUGCAGAUGCUGCGGGUGCAACCGAGGUGGGCGGAUCAGGCGGACGCCGAGGCGGCCGGCGGUGGCCGGGGACGCGGAGGGCAGGAAGACGAGGCGCCGGACGUGUCCGGGGCCGAGAGGUGCGCGUCGUGCGGUGGCGGGGACGAGGAGAAGGAAGGCUGCGCCGUGGGGGCGGACGAGGGCGGCGGCGAGGUGUUCGACCGCGCGUCCUUCUCGAGGCUCCUUCGGAAGGUGUCGAUCGAGGACGCCAAGGAGUACUCCAGAAUGUCCUACCUCUGCAACAUCGCCUACAUGAUCCCCAAAAUUCAGCCAAAAUGUCUCCGCCGGUACAGUUUACAGUUUGUGACAACAUCAGUGCAAGAGAAGGACAGAGCUAAUCCUGAUAGGAAGCAGGAGCAGAGCACUGAGAAAGGUGAAUCUCCAGAUAAAAAACCUCGAGUUGUCAAGAAUGCUGCGUUGGGGAGCAAGGAGGAAGAAGGAAACGGCCCGGCGAUAAACCCUUUUGGUGCAUACCAAGUCAUGUCAUCUGCUGCCUCAUAUUUACAUUCCCGGGCCAUGGGCAUCAAUCCCUUUGGUUCCAGGACUAAUGGUAAGAAUGAUCCAGCAACCAUCAUGGCCAUUGUGAGUGGUGAGAACAGUGAAGGUUUAACCUUGGACGAAGCCUCAUUUGUGGCCACAACAAAUUCAGUAACUUCCAUGGUUGCUGCCAAGGAAGAAACAAGACAAGCUGUUGCAGAUGAUCUGAAUUCUUCAAGGUCCUGUCCCUCUGAAUGGUUUAUUUGCGAUGAUGACCAAGGCAGCACAAGAUACUUCGUAGUUCAGGGCUCGGAGACGAUAGCUUCUUGGCAGGCCAACCUACUAUUUGAGCCAGUCAAAUUUGAGGGACUCGAUGUACUUGUUCACAGGGGAAUAUACGAAGCUGCCAAAGGGAUGUAUCACCAAAUGCUGCCGUAUGUCAGAUCACACUUGAGAAAUUAUGGUAAAUCCGCAGAAUUGCGAUUCACUGGCCAUUCUCUUGGUGGGAGUCUGGCUUUGCUUGUGAAUCUAAUGCUACUGAUGAGAGGAGAGGCACCUGCUGCAUCAUUGUUGCCUGUCAUAACAUUCGGUGCCCCAUGCAUCAUGUGUGGCGGUGACCACUUACUCCGUAAACUUGGGCUGCCGAAGAGUCAUGUGCAAUCAAUCACAAUGCAUCGGGAUAUUGUUCCUCGAGUAUUCUCGUGCAAUUAUCCUGACCAUGUCGCCAACAUUCUGAAGCUCGCCAAUGGAAAUUUCCGCAGUCACCCAUGCCUUACAAACCAGAAACUCUUGUAUGCCCCAAUGGGGGAAGUCCUCAUCUUGCAGCCGGACAAGAGGCUCUCCCCGCACCACCACCUCCUCCCACAGGACAGUGGCAUCUACUACCUGGGCGAUUCAGCAGGCAUCUCCCUGAAGCUGCUCCAAUCGGCCGUGUCGGCCUUCUUCAACUCCCCGCACCCGUUGGAGAUCCUCAAGGACGGCGGCGCCUACGGCCCCAAGGGCACGGUGUACCGCGACCACGACGUGAACUCGUACCUGCGGUCGGUCCGCGGCGUGGUGCGCAAGGAGGUGCGUCGCCUCCGGGAGGCGGAGCGGGAGCGGUGGCAGCUCCUCCUGUGGUGGCCGCUGGCCGUGCACGGCGUGCUGGCCACCGGCAUUGGCGGGUGGGGAAGGUACGGCGAGCUGGCGGACGCGGUGGCGCGGGGAGGGAAGGAGGCGGCGAGGCAGGCCCAGCAGCACGCCCGGAUUCUGGCGCUGUUCCUGCUGCCGGUGAAGCUGCUCGUGCUCGGGGCUCUCCUGGCCGUUAGACUGAGGUGAUAGAUGAUGAUGAUGACGACGAUGAUGAUGAUACGUAGUUCCUUUCGUUUCGUUCGUUUGCACAGGAUAGCAUUACAUACAUGAUUCUUUUGUCCGAGCCGGGACGCCAAGCGGACACCUGUCGUGAUCGGAAUGCUCGGAUGCUGCCUUUCUCUAAGAUCGAUCCAUCAGCAACGUGUGUGUAUAACAGAUUAACAUGAAGGCUCAGAUUGUAGAAAAGCACCAUCAGCAAGCUGUCUCAAAGUA